AUGGCCUUUGUAUUUUAAGCUGAAAGAGGAGAUAUACUAUAAUAAAGUGGUGUUUCACAAGACGUAUGAUGAAAUUGAAAAGCUGUAGAUUGGACCUGGUAGCUAUAUAACACAUGAAUAUUAUAAGGUAAAAUAAGGAAAUGCUCCUUUUGAUUCGUCUGUUAGUAGGUGUGAAAGAAUUAAGAAUGAGAUAAUUCCUGGACCUGGAAGUUAUUAUUAAGAAUAUGAUGAGUAUUAUAUUGAUAUUUAACUUAUUAAGCAACUAUUAUGGGUAAUAACUAUCUCCAAAAUUCAUGAAAUUAACUAAUAAAAAAUAACAAUCAUUUAUAUUUGCAUCAUCAUCUAAACGUUUUGAACAACCAAAAACAUUUAUGACUCCAGGGUAAUUAAAAUAUUAUAUUAUUUAGGCCUGGAUCAUAUGAAACAGAUAUAAUAUAAAACAAACCAAUUCAGUAAUAAUUUACAUCCUAAAAUUAAUUGGAAAUUUUGAAAAGUUUAAAUAGAUAUUAAUCAAUUCCUUCUAUUCCAACUGAUAAUUAAGUUUAUGGUUAUACAGAAAAAGGAGGUAUUUAUAUUUAUUAAAUUUAUUAGCUCAUGAUUUGGAAUCUAAUAAAAAUCCAGAACAUACAUAUUCAGGAAUUAAAUAGGAUACUGUUGGGCCUGGAAAGUAUUAAAUUAAAGAUACAUUUGAAUAAAAUAAAAAUAAAGGUGUUUGUUGGCAUAAAUCAAAAAUUCCUAGAUUAGAACCAUUAAUAUCAAAAGAUAGAAAUUAGAGUGUUGGUCCUGGUAGUUAUGAUUGCAAUAGAUCAAUCACUCCAAUAUAUAAAUUAUGUCCAUCAGGAAAUUUUAAAUCUAAAUCUAGUAGAACUUUUGAUAAUACAAAAGGUGAAAAAUAAAAAUAAUUUAUGAAAAUCUAUUUUGAAAAACAAAAAGAAAAAUUAAUGAGAAAUCAUGGAUACUCUGAUUUAGAAGAUGAAGAAUUUUAAUAUUCUGAUGUGAAUUAUAAUUUAAUAUUUUUAGAUAACUACUCCUGGUCCUGGACAUUAUUUUGGUAAUACUUCUACAUAAUCAGUAUCAUCUAAAAAUUCUUAAUAAUCAAUUAAAUAAGGAUAUAAUUGUUUUGGAUCUAGAUCUAAAAGAUUUUAAGAAUAAAAAGUUCAUUAUCAUAUAGGACCAGGAGAAUAUUAAUUAGAAACAGAAAUAGUAAAAUAAAAUAUAGUUUAACCUCCAUUUUAUUCAUCUAAUACACGUUUUGAAGAGAAAUAUUAUGGUUAAUUACCAGGUCCAUAAACAUAUGAUCCUAAAAUAACUGUAUAUAAUAGUUAUUAUAUUAAAUUAGUUAGCAGAGAAAUUAAUAAAAAAAUUAGAAUGGACUCCAAUAGGAAAUUUUGGUAUAAAUGAAUCAAGAUUUAAGGAAGAAUAUAAUCAAAUACCAGGACCAGGAACAUAUGAAUUAAAUAAUAAGGUAUAAAAAGGGAUUAAUUCAAUAUUUAAAUCAAAAACUAAAAGAGUUAGUUCUCCUAAAUAAAAAAUAGAUAAUUUUCCAGCUCCUGGAUCUUAUGAUGUUAAAAAUAAUACUAUAGAAUAUGAAUUAAAAAAAAAUGAGGAUGAAAAUUAAGAACUGAAAUAAUAGAAAUAAGCAUUUGGUUCAUCUAUGCCUAGAUUUAUUAGUAGGAAAAAUAAACAUGAUAGAGUAUAAAGAGUUUUUGAAGAUGAAGAAGAAGAAGAAGAAUUAGAAAAAUUACAUAAUACUUCAGGUUUAUUAAAAAAGAAAUAAAAUAUUUAAGUUUCUUUUAAUGUUAGGGUAAAAAUAUUAUAUGAAUAUAGGAAAAUAGAUUUUAAACUAAAAAAAAUGAUACAUAAAAAUUAGGUCCAGGAGAAUAUUAUAGUCCAAAUAGUAAAAAUUGGGAUAAAAGAAGUUUUAAUGUGUUAUUUUAAAAAAUAUGA